AUGAGUGACGAAAACUCUACCGAAGUAUCUAAUGAAAAUACGAAUCAGGAAAACACGGAACUCGUAGAGACUGAUCCGGAACCAAAACAAUCUACACCAACAGUACCUGAUAUGGAUGAAGUGCAAUCAUUUUGUGCAGAAUUUCAUAUCAAAGUUGAAAAUGCAGUUGGCAUUCAUCCCUGGUUACAAUUUAGUGAUACAAAUUUUCCAGAAGAAGUUUUAAAACAAUUUGAAGAAAGCGAAUUUGAUAUGCCAACGCCGAUUCAAUCGAUCGCUUGGCCGAUUCUUAGUCACGGCCGAGAUCUCGUUGGUAUCGCCAGCACGGGAAGUGGAAAGACACUUGCUUUCAUUCUUCCACUCAUAUUUCAUAUACGUCAACAACCACCAUUACAGCCAGAUGAUGGUCCUAUUGCUAUUGUUUUAGCACCAACUAGAGAAUUAGUACAACAGAUUCAUACUGUUGCUCAACCUUAUUUUAAUUUAUUCGGAAUCAAAUCUUUGUGUAUUAUCGGUGGUGAUGAGCGAGAAAAGCAAAUCAACGAAAUUGGUGAUGGAAAAGAAGUUUACAUAUGCACACCGGGCAGAUUACAAGACUUUUUAGAAUCGAAAAUCACGACAUUAUAUCGCGUGACUUUUAUAGUGUUGGAUGAAGCGGAUAAAAUGCUCGACUUAGGGUUCGAAACUCAAGUUAGAAAUAUCCUAGCCGAUUUUAAAACGCUCAAGCCGUCGGACGACUCCGAAGACAAACAACCCGUACGUCGUCAAGCUCAAAUUUCAAUGUUUUCUGCAACAUGGCCAAAAACAAUCAAAGCUUUAGCAGAAGAUUAUCUAACAAAUUAUGUUCAUGCAACAGUCGGUUGUCUGUCCGAAUCUCAUGCUGUGAAUUUAAAUAUACAGCAAAUAGUCGACUUUUGUCCAAAUGAACAACAGAAAAAGCAGAAUCUUUUAAAAGUGUUGGAUGAAGUGUGUGCGUACGCUCCGGAUAGAAAAGCGAUCAUUUUCGUUCGAACACGUGAUAAAGUCAAUAAGUUAAGUAAAGAAUUGGAACAGAAUGGGUACAAAGCUUUACUUCUGCAUGGUUCCAAAAGUCAACAGAUGAGGAAUGAAGUACUCAAAGAAUUUCGUGACACAGCAAAUUCUCUUUUAUUAGCCACAGAUGUAGCAUCAAGAGGUCUAGAUGUUGAUGAUGUGCGUUUUGUCAUCAAUUAUGAUUAUCCAACGUCGGAUGCUGUUUAUAUACACCGAAUUGGACGUACCGGUCGAAAUUCGCAAUAUGGAACAGCAUUCACAUUCUUCUCGAAUGAAGAUGCAAGACAUGCACCUGCCCUGAUUCAGAUUUUGGAUGAAGCCGGAGCUGUUGUUCAUCCUAUUCUACUUCAACUCGGACGAAAAAAUGGUUUUAACAAAUGGGUAGCCAAUGUUGGAAUACCACAAUAUCCAGUGUUCAAUCCUGAUGAAAAUUGGUCCGAUGGUAAUUACAAUGGUGAUGAUUGGGGCAAUGAUGGGAAUAAUGGCAGUGAAGAUUUACCACCAAAUUUAAUGACAAUAGAUUUAAGUUCAUUUGAUCCUAGUCAAUUACGGCCUGUACCGGUGUCACUUUUAAAUUCUAAUGGACAACUUAAUGAAUUAGAUGUAAAUACACGUAUAAAGAAUUUUCAAGAUUAUAAACAACGUUGCCAAUUGUUAGAACGAUUGACAUGGGAAUCGAACGAAAGAAACUAUUCAAAUAAUCAAAACGAUUAUAAUAAUUACGAUAAUUAUCAUAACAACAAUAAUAAUAAUAACCGAUACAACGGUGGUUGGUCAAAUCCAGGUAGUGAUAAUCAAAAUGGAAGAAACUGGAAUUCAAAUAACAACGAUUGGCAAAACAAGAAUUACGAUUCCAAUUAUAAACGUUCUUGGGAUAAUAACAUGCCGUCAUCAAACAAUAAUAUGAAUAAUAAUCAAUGGAAUGAAAAUAACAAUGGACAAGCGAAUUAUAACCAAUGGAAACACUCAAACCCACCACAACAUCAACAGCCACCAUCACAGCAACAGCAUUCUCAACAACAACAACAACAACAACAACAGCAACAGCAGCAGCCAGAUCAACAACAAUCAGACCUGGAAACCAAUCCAGCGAUCAUAUAUGCGAAAGCAAGUAGUGAAUAUCAUAUUCAAUAUAAUCAAUAUACAACUGCAUUGCAACAAGCCAUGCAAGCGCAACAAGCAGGCACACCGAUUACACCUCAACAACAACAGUACUUGAUCACAUUUCAACAACAAUUACAAGCGAAACAACAGCAAUUGCAAGUAAUGCAGCAAGCAGCUAACAUUCAACAAGCAACUAUUUUACAAGCAGCUGCUUUGAGUGCUGCAACUCAGAAUGCUUGGAAUCAAUCAGCAAAUCCUUCACAAAUGAACGCCUUGAAUGAUCCGACGAAGUCAAUUACGGAUGCACAACAAAAUUGGAUGCAGCAAUGGGUUAGCGCUGGCUACGAUGCAUCACAAAUUGCUGCUUAUCAACAAUGGUAUACUCAAAUGCAAACAGCAGCGUCACUAGCUGCAUCAGCAGCUUUGACUCAGUCACAAACUCCAUCGACGCCGUACAAUGGAAUGUCGGUAAGUACAGAUGAAGAGAACUUCCACACCCAUGCACCCCUCUCAAGUAUUUCAAGUAUUAUUCUCCUUUUUUAUAUUCUCGAUGAAGAAAAGGAUCUGUUCACUGAUUUUGAUAUUAGUUAG